CAUUUCGGCCAUAUACCGCGCGCAUAUUAUAAGCAUCGAGUGAAACCGAGCAGCAGCGCGUGCACAAGCACUCACACAGCAGCGAACUUCUCCCAGCAGCCGCCGCUCGCUUUCGAGAGGGGAAACGAAACGGUCGACCAACCCGAGAGGCGGCAGCGUCUGCGCGCGCGCACACACUGUGUGCUGCUGUUCUGCUCUACGUACAACUCAGUUUUUGCAUCGGCCGCUCGGCAGUCGGACGCUCGACUGGCUCGCACUCGGCUCUGGCACGCGAUUCCCUCCACACGUCCUCGCCACGAGAUAGAGAGAGAGAGAGAGAUAGAGAGAGAGAGAGAGAGAGAGAGAGAGAGAGAGAGAGAGAGAGAGAAAGAGAGAGAGAGCGCGAGAUAGUAGCCACCCACACGCGAGACAGAUAGACACACACGCGCGGAUAAUAGAGCACACGUCGCACCAUGAGAGACUCGAGCGAGCAGUGCGUCGAGUGCGAGGAGGUUAGCGAGGAACAGCAGCAGCAGCAGCAGCAGCUCGUAGCUGGCCUUAGCAAUGGCGGCGGCGAGUAAGAUCGCGGCACAAGCAGCAGUAGAAAUUUCGAGGCGAGCUCGACUCCGCCACCGCCGCCGCUGUCGUCGUGCUGCAGCUCGUCAUCUGGGCCGGCGGCUGCCUUCUCGCCAAUGUACACCGGGCAACGCUCGCGUACUCUCGACCCCGAAUUAGGUCUUAGGAAUGAGGGUGGCUUCGUGGCCCGCUGCCCUCCGCUUGAACUUGGCCAUCCUGCUGACUCUCGCGGUAGCGGCUGCGAGCGUCUCGUCUUCAGCGACAGCAGCAGCAGCAGCAGCAGCAGCAGCAUGUCCGCGCAGCUGCGAGUGCAGCGACGACCGAUCGCGAAUGCGCUGCGAGGACCGAAGCUUCCUGGGCCUGGGCUUCGGCACGGAACUCCAGGAGGUCGCCCUGCACCGCGUGCAGGCCUCGGAGAUCCCCUCGGCGAGCCUGGAGCCGGCCUCGCGGCUGCGCUACCUCGCCUGGACGGCCAGUGGCAUCGAGCGGCUCGAGCCCCACGGCUUCCGCGGCAGCCCGGAGCUCGAGGCCGUGAACCUAGGUGACAACCGGCUGAGCAGGCUGCCCGCGGAGGCCUUCCGCGGGCUCUCCCGCCUCCAGCGACUCAACCUCAGCGGCAACGCCAUCGACAGCCUGCCGCCGGGCUUCCUCCAGGGCCUCGACGGCCUCGAGACGCUGCUCCUAGCUGACAACAGCAUCGGCGUGCUGCCCUUCCAGGCGUUCGAGGCGGCGCGUAACCUGCUGCGCCUCGACCUCUCGGGCAACCGGCUGGUCUCCCUGCCCGACCACAGCUUCAGGCCAAACCGCGCGCUGCGCGAGCUCUGCCUCUCGGCCAACCGGCUGACGCUCAUACCCUCCCAGCUCUUCUCCGGCCUCGGCCAGCUGCGGCUCCUCGAGCUCAACGACAACAAGAUCGACUUCCUGCCGCGCGGCCUCUUCGCCGAGCUCGGCAACCUCGAGCGCCUCGACCUCAGCGGCAACCCCAUCACCCGCGAUGGCCGGCUCAGCUCCAGCACCUUCAGCGGCCUCUCCGGCCUCUCCUGGCUCAGCCUCUCGCGCUCGCGCAUCUCCCAGCUGCCGCGCAACCUCUGGGCCGCGACGCCCCGGCUCAAGAGCCUCCUGCUCUCCGAGACGCGGAUCCUGCAGCUCGACGACGGCGACCUCGGCCACCUGCGCCAGCUGCAGACCCUCGAGAUCGGGGACGGGCCGCUGCGCGAGCUCGGGCCCCACGUCCUCGAGGACACGCCCCAGCUGCGCCGGCUGAGCCUGCGCAACGACGACCUCACCUUCCUGCCGGCCUCGCUGGCCCAGCUGAGCCGCGUGAGCCAGCUCGAGCUGCAGGGCAACCCCUGGGCCUGCGACUGCCGCAUGUUCUGGUUCGUGCGCUGGGCCGAGGAGCACCUGCACCGCGCGGCCUUCGAGAGCGGGCUGCGCUGCGGCCACGAGACCCAAACCAUCGACACGCUCGAGGCGCUGCGCUACCUCAACUGCACGCCGCCCAGCCUGGCCCACACGACGUCGGGCAGCGAGCUCUGGCUGAUCCGGCGCGAGGUCGUGCUCGAGUGCGAGUUCACCGGCAACCCGCUGCCCUCGCUCACCUGGGUCACGCCCAGGCUGCGGGUCUUCCACUGGAAUCCCGACCCUUCCUUCCCCGACGCCUUCGUCCGGCACCCCCGGGUCCACGACUACCCGGGCCUCGCGCCGCUCGGCACCGACGACGACGACGGCCGCAUCCGGCUGCUCGAGAACGGCUCGCUCUACAUCAGCAGCCUGCACCGCGAGGACGUCGGCGUCUACAAGUGCUUCGCCAUCAACCCCAUAGCCAACGCCACGGCGUACGUGACCCUGCGCAUGGACCCCAUAACCGGCUACCGCAUCAAGAUCAUCAGCAUCGCCGUCGGGGCGGCCAGCGCGGCCGGCUUCCUCCUGCUCACGCUCUUCGUCCAGUUCCUGCGCUACCUCUUCGUCAGGUGCGGCUGUCAGAAGUGGUGCCUGUGCUGCCGACACGUGGGCCGGACUCCGCGAGCCAAGCAGGUCUACCAGAUGCUCGACAACAUCGAGAACUACAAGAGCCAGCAGCUCGAGCGGCUCCGGGAGAACUACACGCAGCAGGUGCACCGCAUCAAGGACAACUGCGCCCAGCAGGUCGAGUGGAUUCGCGACAGCUACGAGGGCCAGAUGCGCCACAUUAGGGACAUCAGGGACUACGGCACCAACCACCUCACCACCCUGCGAGACCAGUACUACGAUCAGGUGAAGCGCGUGCGCGACUACUCGACGAGCCAGCUGAACUGGGUGCGCGAGAACUACGUCUUCCAGCGCAACAAGAUCCGCAAGUUCAGCGCCCACCAGGUGCUCCGGCUGCGCGAGUCCUACAAGUACCAGCAGCAGACGCUCAACAAGGUCCUGGAGAACCUGCCCAACCUCUACCUGGACAACUGCCGCAGCGGCUCCUGCGGCCGCUCGGACUCGGGGGUCUUCGAUCCGAAGGACCUGGUGGACGGACCGACGACCAGCGCCGGCGGCUGCGCCGACGACAUCAACAACGUCGACACCUAUUUCAAGGCCAAGAUCGACGGCAUGGUCGCGGCCUACAGCGCGAGCCUCGACGACAUCAACAGCGAGUACUACACCCCCACGGAGCUGUCCUCCUGCUCGCCCCGCGGCCCCGGGGCCAGCAACAUGCUGCACCUCGAGGGCGUCCAGGUGAUCAACUACAUCGACGACCGGCCCCCGGCGCCCCGGCCCCUCGUCAACAUCAUGGGCCCAGCCUUCCUCCAGAAGAUCGACGAGUUCGGCAGCUCGUCGACCGUCGUCAGCGGCAUGGAACGGCCCGUCUUUCGGGGCACCAGCGCCGAGACCCUCGCCGGCGACACUCGGGCCUCGCCCGAGAUCCUGGGCCUGCUGCUGCCCAGCGCAAGCCUGCCCGAGCUGCCCCGCGAGACCAGACUCUGAAAACGCCGCUGCUGGGUCUCGCAGCCCUCCCGCACAUAGUUUUACCGUUACCAAGAUCGUGCUGGUGUGUUAUAACGUUGUUGUUCUUGUUGUUGUUGUUGUUGUUGCUGUUGUUGUUGCUGCGCUGUCGCAGUGGUGUGAUACGAAUGUACGCCGCUCGGAAGAUCGAGCAUCGCCGAAGAAAGUAGUACAUGAGUCGAAGUGUACAAAGAAGAGAAGAGACGCGGAUAGUGCGAGAGACGAACACGUGGUGCAGUUACGGAGUUUUGAGUUUAUCCCUAUUCUUUCGGGAGCAAAGGGCCGAGAUACUGUGCGAGAAGAUCAAUACCGCUGCUGCGGGCAAGCGAUCAACGCUACGACAACAAUGAUCGAGCCUACAUUAGGUGUCAAUUUUAAUCGAUUCCUAUACACACCGGAAACAAACUGCAGACUACGACAAAUCCAGACAGCUGCAUUCGGCGUCGAAGAGCUGCCGAGC